AUCUAAUGGCGGGAUUCGCGAUGUUUACAUUCUGACAACCAUGGAUUUCAACAGCAACAACAUAUACGUGUGUGUGUGUGUGUGUCAGGUAGAUAGGAGGAGAAGUAUGGCGUACCUGUCGUUAGAGGCUGAGGAGGAAUACUGCACUGUGGGGGAAAGCAUGGACUUCUUUCUAAAUUGGGAAAAGGCAUCGUUAAAAUUGGUUACUGAGCAUAUGUUAGAGACACGUCUGUCCUUGAUGGAAAGAUGGUGUUGUGGUUGCAACUGUUUGGUAAAGUAAGAAAGAUUUGUGAAAUCUUUCUUUGUUGUCACUUUCCUUCUUUAACUUGGCUCCUGUAUAAAAUAGCCUCGCCGUCUCCUUUAAAACAAACGAACCCAAAAAGGCGAGCCAAAAGAAAAUCUUAUAAAAACUUUCUACCUAGUAGGCAGUCUUCAUACGGAUUCCCAUAACUGAAGAUGGUUUGACUCGGACUCAGCCACCCACACAACUUCUUUAAAUUCUGGCCCAACCCUUUGAACUCUUCACUCUCCAUCACCUCUUCUCUUUCUGUUUGUUCUGCCUUCCACUUUCAACUCUAAAAUGAGUUUCCCAAAACUCGUCUCUUUCAGAGAACACAACAAUUUAUUCAUCAGAGGCUUCAUGAUCUUGUUCCUUAGUUGUAUAGCCAUUAGGCUUAACUUCUGCAUUUCCAGCAUCAUCCCUUCUUCCUUAAGAACACUUCCCCUUGAAGGACAUCUAAAUUUUGAUGAUGUCAGCCAUGCAGCCCGAGACUUUGGCAACAGGUAUGAACAUCAUCCGAUGGCAGUGCUGCACCCAAAAUCAGUUUCUGAUAUUGCAGCCACUAUCAAGCAUAUCUGGCAGAUGGGUCCCCGAUCACAUCUAACGAUUGCAGCUAGAGGCCAUGGUCACUCCCUCCAGGGCCAGGCACAAGCUCACGGGGGAGUUGUGAUCAACAUGGAAUCUAUCAAGACCCCUGAAAUGCAGGUAUAUACUGGAAAUCAUCCGUAUGUGGACGUCUCCGGAGGCGAGCUGUGGGUAAACAUCCUGCAUGAAAGCCUAAGAUAUGGGCUAGCACCAAAGUCAUGGACAGACUACCUGCACCUGACCGUUGGAGGCACUCUGUCCAACGCUGGAAUCAGUGGGCAGGCAUUUCGUCAUGGUCCCCAGAUAAGUAAUGUUCAGCAGCUGGAGAUUGUAACAGGAAAAGGAGAGGUGUUAAACUGUUCUACGGAGCAGAAUGGCGAACUCUUCCACAGUGUACUUGGAGGCCUUGGUCAGUUCGGCAUAAUAACACGGGCAAGAAUUUCAUUGGAACCAGCGCCCACCAUGGUUAAAUGGAUCAGAGUUCUAUAUGCAGAUUUCAAGGCGUUUGCGAAAGACCAAGAGCUAUUAAUAUCUGCAGAAGACGCAUUUGAUUACAUUGAAGGAUUUGUCAUAAUUAAUAGAACUGGUCUGCUAAACAACUGGAGAUCAUCCUUCAACCCACACGACCCAGUUCAAGCCAGUAAGUUCAAAUCAGAUGGAAGAACUCUCUUCUGCCUAGAAUUAGCCAAAUACUUCGACCCAGACGACAAUGAUGAGGCAAAUCAGGACGUCGAGAAGCAUUUGUUCCACUUGAACUAUAUCCCAUCAACACUUUUUCUAACAGAAGUCACAUAUGUAGAUUUCUUAGACAGAGUUCACGUCUCUGAGGUCAAAUUGCGGUCAAAAGGCUUGUGGGAUGUUCCACACCCAUGGCUCAAUCUUUUUAUACCCAGAAGCCAAAUACACAACUUUGCAGAAGUUGUCUUUGGAAAUAUUCUGACAGAAACAAGCAAUGGCCCGGUCCUCAUCUACCCAGUAAAUACAUCAAAGUGGGACAAUAGAACUUCCGUCGUCAUUCCAGAGGAAGAUAUUUUCUACCUGGUAGCUUUUCUCACCUCUGCAGUCCCCUCUUCCAGUGGAACUGACGGCCUAGAACACGUUUUAAAUCAGAAUAAAAGAAUUUUAGAAUACUGUGAAAAAACCCUCACUGGGGUAAAACAAUAUCUUCCCCACUACACUACACAAGAAGAAUGGAGGGACCACUUUGGUCCCAAGUGGGAGCUUUUUCUGAAGAGAAAAUCUGUUUUUGACCCAUUGGCAAUACUUGCUCCUGGCCAGCGAAUAUUUCAGAAAGCAACAGCAUUCUCAUGACGACAGCCACAUUUUAUUAAAUAUGAUAAAGAAGAGGCCCUUAUACCAUAUUCGAAAUAUGUCAUUAGCUAAGAGUUAAAGGUCUGGUCAAUAUUUGGUCAACAGAAGGGAUCAAAUAUUUCAGACAUGAAUUAUUAGAUUGCCAAAGCAUCCAUAGACAUUAUCAUCACUAGACUGAAUGUAAAUAUUAAGUUUGUAUACAUAUCUGCCCUUGUAUAUUAUUCAAUGGAGUAAGUUAAGAGCAAGAAACAGAACCCAAUAUGUAUAUGGGAAUAUCUACAUCAAUCAGGUAAAAAAAAUCUAUCUUAUAACACGUCAGCAGAUAACAGAGAUAAUUAACGUACUAUAAAAUUAUACAACUCUCCAUUAAAAUGGUGAAAUGAUAUCAGUCUAUUUACCUACUGCAAUUCAUAACCGCCUUAUAGUGACAAUGCAUUAGAACAAUAUAACAAUAAUACCUGUCAACUUAUCACUGGGACAAAUGUGGCAAAAGUGGCUUACACAAAAGUUGCAGAAAAUUCAAAAAAAGAAAUUGGGGAACUUUGACAACUGUAGCACGGAUGAAAUAAUAGAACCAUAAUUUACUUUCCAACAGAAAGUAACCAAAUAAAAUGGGAUAAUAGUAACAAAUCUUUCUUGUUUUCUACCUUUAUUAUAUCCAUAAUAUAUUUUUUUCCAGAACAAGAACAUUGAAGACAAAUUUUUCACGCUGCACACAGCUCAGCAACUGCA